CAAACGCGCCGAGAGUCAGUCGAGGUCCGCACGCGAUCCACGCCGCGCGACAUGUUGUCUUCGCCAUGGCGCGGUGCCGCCGUCCUGCUGGCCGCCGUGGUCACGCUCGCGUUCGCCGACAGUGCCCCGCCGCCGGUGGUCGUGGUUCGCCUGCCCAACACCGCCAAAGUCGAUGGACAAUUGACGGCGAAUCUUGGCGUCGAUCACUUCUUCUCGCUAUGGAUCGUAUUCAAUAACGACGAUGUUGUCAUCUCCGACGAGCCGUUCACGAUCCUUGCGCCGCGCAACGCGGCGAUAAUUAAAGACAAACGCGGCGGCGUCGUGCAGCAGCUGCAACUGCAGCAGCCCGAAUCGGUGAAGAGGCUCUUGAGCGAUCACGUCGUCAUCGGCGCGCGCCUCGACCUACCUACCGCCACCGUGUAUGAAGAGCGCACGUACACGACGCUCGGCGGGCGCAACUUUACGCUUUCGCUGAAGGAAGGCACGUGGCGGGCGAACACCGCCAACGUGUUAGAAACACGCCAGGUCGAACCGAAUGGCUUGCUGGUUGUGUUGGACGAUUUUCUCUUCCCAGAUGUGCUCGGCACGCUCAAAAACGACACCGAGAAGGACAUUCAUGUCAAACAAUCAACAGAAACAUCAACGGUAUCAACUACGCUGCCAACUACUAUUACUACAGAAGUAUAUGUUGUCAAAGAGACCAAGGAGAAGAAGAUCAAUGAUGGCGCGGCGGCGAUGACCGUCAUCACCGCCAAGGAGGCGCCCCGGCCGCGGAAUGUCACUUUUAUUGACAACGUGAUGCAGGUGCUGUCGCUGCUGAAGAGCGGCGUGCGCGUCUUCCAGCAUUUUCUAUCCAGGUCGAAUGUUUCCAAACUGCUCAACGACGAAGAUGAAUACACUGUCUUCGUGCCAACUGAUCACGCUUUCCAGCGAUGGCACCCAAUUGAUUGGGGUUUCUAUCCGUUCAGCGUGCCCGAGUUCACCGAGAGCGUGAUUAUCAACCACUUCAUCAAGGGUAAACUCAAGCAGGAGGGCAUCAAAUCUGAUCAGACUGCGAAGACCAUCGGUGGAAAAGAGGUCGUUUUUAGGAAGGCUCCGAAUUUAACAGUCAAUGGGGCAUCUGUUGUGAAAGGUGACACUCCGUUACCGAAAGGAAAUAUAAUGUUCAUCAGCGAGGUGCUUUUUGUAAGCGAGUCGGUGGUGUCGCGACUUCAUCAACAGCAUCGCGAUAAGGAGACUCCGCCGCUUCUGGCGUUUCCGUGGUUUGGCGCGCAGUUUCUCUCACAUGCUUUCUUGGCACUCGAGCGGGACCGACGUUUUACGCAUAUUACGAGGUUUCUGAACCUCGCUGACUUGGCUCCGCAUGUUUCUGGUACCGGGUACACAUUUUUUGUUCCCACGGACACCGCCUUUGAGGAAAUCGGCCUGGACAAGAUGCCUGAUAAUUAUUUAUCCACCGGCGAUGGUCUGGAGAUCCUGCUGAAUCAUUUCGUCAAGGGACGUUUGUAUGAUCGUGAUUUGAAAGAUAAUCUGAAGUUGUUAUCGCUUGGUAAUAAGAUCGUCGACAUCGGCAGACGGAAAGAAAAUGUGACUGUGAACAAGGCGCACAUUGUGGAAAGUGAAGUCUUCGUCUACAACCUUGGCACCAUGUUCUACAUUGAUAAGGUGCUCUUUGCGAAACCAGAUCUUUUGCCCAAAGUACGCCGCCCGCCGACCACAACAACCACAACAACGUCGUUGCCGCCAUCGACGAUGCAAACAACAAUCGUACCCAGUUAUGAUAACUUGGACGAUAACAACGACGCUAAUGCGACAACAACAGCGCUCCCGCCGCCCCCACCGCCACAAUCAACUGUGACAAUCGGCACAACGACGACGGCGAGUGCGGAGGACGUCGAGACCGUUCCGGAAGAAUUAUCAGAGGGCGGCGGUUCGAUGCCAGACAUCCUGUUUGCCGACGCGGAAAGCAACGCGAGUGCAACAACGACGCCGCCGCCGCCGCUACAGACCAACAAAACCGACGCAUCGCAGAUGACGACAAGCACGACUAGUCGGCCGUUGAAUGACACCACCACCACGACGACGUCGGCGGUUUGAACUCGCGCGGAUGAAUGAAUGCGGCGCGGCGUGACAUUGUGUGUGUUUUUAUUUAAGCGGGGAGGACGGAAGUUUGCGUCAGGCACGUAAUUAAAUUAGCAACUACCCCGAAAUCCUCGAAUUGUAGGCAGCGGGAGCGUAACAAAGGAGCAGCGCAAAGCAAAGAUAAGCGGAAGUAACCAUAUCAAUCAAUAUUAGCAGGAUAAAUAAUUAACUUGAGCCGGAAGACAAACGCGACAGCAAACAGCAAUCACAAACAGAGACAAAACUGCAACAAACUUUGCGGCCGGAACAAAAGUUUAAAGCCAAAAUAAAUUUAAAUUUUGUAACCGCACUCAAUAUGUGUUUUAAGCGGCGCAAACGGAAUGAAAUUCAAUUCCCAAUUUCAUUUGAAAGCACAACGCACAACAACCGAAACGGAAACUGCUUUGCUUUGCAAUUCGGUGGUCAAAACUUUGCCGGAACUAACGAAUAACGAUGGGAGACAACAACAAAAUGUUAUAAUUAUUAUGCAAAACUAGAUGAGAACGUUUUGGAACUAUAUGCUAUCGAAACACUGCAAUAAGGAGCAACAAUUUUGUGCAAUUAAAGUUUAGAAAUGCAUAACAUAUCGGACAAUGUAUAACACCUAAAAAUCUAUGGAAACCACAUCAAACUUUGAGAAAUUUAAUAACUUUGCGCUCUGGAGAGCAAAGAUGAAUAGUUUAAAAGUUUAAAAUUUGUGAUAAACUUAUUAAAUUAAACACUAGAAAUUCGUUUUUAAAUAACACAUAGUUGAAGUUAGCUAUUUUCGUAAUUGGCGAUGAUUAGCCGCGGCUAUUACUAGAUUUUAGAUGAAGAAAUUAUUGAUUCUCUUUUUUUUGAUUCGCACGUGUCACUUCAAUUAAUUCACUAAGAUGCGAGUACUCCCUGCGGAGCACCAAACUAAUAUUUUUGCGAACCAGAUAGAUUAUGUAUAUUAAGAUAUGAUAUGAUGCGGAGAUGCGGAGAAAAUGAAUAAAUAACGAUUCGUAACAAAUCAUACUUGACUGAUGUGAGAUAGAAAUGAAUGUAUGUCUAUGCAAAUAUUGCAAAUAUUAUUAGUUGUAAUGUUUAUCGAUUAAUGUAUUUAUUAAGGCAUAGAUUUUCAUAUAUAUUAUAGAAAUUAUAUAUAAAUAGCGAUUAAUGUAUAAACAGUAUCGAGGAUUAUUAUCUUUUAUUAUGUAUGUAACAAUAAUGCUCGUAACGAUAUUAAUGUGCAACAUUCAUCCUGAAUUACAAGAAAUACUGUCUUUAUAGCGAUCGAUUAUCGAGUAAAACUAAAUAAAAUGUUGGAAAUGUUUAUACCUA